GUAGCGCACUGAGCCAGCCAAGGAAUUCAACAGGUACUUAUAGACAUUUCUGAGCUCUUUCUUUCUCUUUCUUCCCGCGUGGAUGUACCGACUGCCUGCACUCAUUGUGUGUGAUGGAUGGAAUUAAAGGCUCCCUGGGUUGGAAAACGGCCACUCUGCAAUAAUCGCAAGGCGUUCUGUCAUCUGGAAUAUUGCACCUGGGAAAUAUUCUAAUCCAUUUCGCGAAAUUUAAAGAUAUCAAAAAGUAGUCUUUAUUCAGCAGCGGUAUUCUUCCCACCAUGAAGAGGUCUAUUCCUUGCUCGGGCUUGGUUGGAGCAGCAAGCUUGUUCCUGUGUUUGACCCAGACCGUCCUGGCAAUGGUCCUCACCAACUCCACACAACUCGAGUCCAUCCUGGACAAGUACAGGGACAAGGAUGAGGAAUGGUGGAAGGCCAGGUCUAGAGGGAAAAGGGCCAUCAGCGAGGGAGACAUGCACCUUAUCCUGGACUUGCACAACAAGCUGCGGGGUCAGGUCCACCCUCCUGCCUCCAACAUGGAGUACAUGAUAUGGGAUUAUGAGUUAGAGAGGAGCGCAGAGCACUGGGCACAUACCUGCCGAUGGGAACAUGGACCGAGCCACAUGUUGACGCAAAUAGGCCAAAACCUUGGAGCGCACUGGGGCAGGGACCGUCCCCCUACCUACCAUGUGCAGGCCUGGUAUGAUGAGGUGAGGCACUACAGUUAUCCCUACGCCCAGGAGUGUAACCCACACUGCCCACUCAGAUGCUCAGGACCUGUUUGUACUCACUACACUCAGUUGGUGUGGGCGACUAGCAAUCGUAUCGGCUGUGCCAUCAAUGUGUGUUACAACAUGAACGUGUGGGGAAUGAUCUGGGCUAAAGCGGUCUAUCUGGUCUGCAACUACUCUCCACCAGGCAACUGGUGGGGUCAUGCUCCGUACAAAUAUGGAUCUCCCUGUUCUGCCUGUCCAGCUAGCUAUGCUGGAGGCUGCAGGGACAAUCUCUGCUACAAAGAUGGGGGUGUUGACAGGCGUCCAGCUCCUGAGAUUGAGGAGACCAACUACAUUGAACCUGAACCAGAACCAGUGAGAGACAUGGAGCCCCAACCCAGGGCCCACACACCAGAUCCCUCGCCCAACGACAACUUGGAGAGAAACCAGGUUGUCAGCACAGAGCAGAUGUGUAAGGAGGUCGACUGUGAGACUAAACUGAGAGACCGGUGCAAGGGAACGACCUGUAACAGAUAUGAGUGUCCACCAGGCUGCCUCGACAGCCCUGGAAAAGUAGUUGGGACUGGAUAUUAUGACAUGCAAUCCAGUGUGUGUGGAGCUGGGUUACACUCUGGUGUUAUAGACAAUGAUGGAGGAUGGCUGGAUGUGACCAGACUGGGCAGAAAACAGCUAUUCAGCAAGUCAGACAAGAAUAGUAUUCAAUCAAUUGGGAAAAACAGAAGUGCAAAUUCCUUCAAAGUUGAGUCGGUUCCUGUCAAGGCACUAACAUGUGACACCACCGUUGCAGUUUUCUGCCCUUACAAGAAACCUGUACGACACUGUGCCAGGUUGUAUUGUCCCAGGAACUGUGUGCGUGACAGUCAAGCCCGAGUCAUCGGGACAAAAUACUACUCAGAUAAAUCCAGUAUCUGCCGAGCAGCCAUUCAUGCUGGAGUUAUCCAGAAUGAGUCAGGGGGGUACCUCGAUGUGAUGCCUGUGGACAAAAGGAAGCAGUACAGUAGCAGUUACCAGAAUGGCAUCUCCUCAGAGAGCUUACUGAACCCGUCAGGUGGAAAAGCCUUCAGAGUGUUUGCAGUCAUCUGAAAAACCACUCUCAAAGGAUAGAGUACCAUCGGCCAUGGCCACUUCACAUCCAGCAAACCCACUCAUUAUCAUCUUGCAACUUGUAAUUAUAUUCAUUCCUACAGUAAAUAAUUCAGCUUUUCUACGUCUGACACUAAAAGUGUAGCACGACUUUACUCAAGGCUUCUGCUCUACGUUUGGUCCAGAGUGGACCAGCGUCCAAUAGUAUCUUAGCAAAGGAUGUUUAGUGAAAGACGUCUACAUCUCUGUAAUAAUCACAUUGGGCAUCAUGCUGACAUGAUAUCAUGACUUCAUAUUGUUUAUCACUUAAAGUUAAAUAUACACCACCAGAUUUAAUGGCUCCCACAUUUUCAGUUAAAAAAGUUCAAAUAUAACAUCAGAGGUUUUACCAAAGUAAUUUUAGAUGUAGUAUGCCUCAGAUCUAUGACAACAUACACCAGGUUAAUAAUGGGGCAGUCAGAUAAAGAGAGAAUUAGAAUGAUGUUUAGUAACACCAAUCCUGAAAUUAAAUCCCCGGGUAUUUCAUGCCCAUAAAACUUGAGUUGUAUUGUAUGGAGGACUAAACCAGACAAAUUAUUACUUCAACAGGAUUAUUUAAAUGUUUGUGACCUGAUUCUUCAGUAUGUAAAACACUUUACUUUCCCUCCAGUAUACAAACUAAGAAGGCUUCAAACUUUGUUAUAUUCCUGGUGACAAUCUAUGUUAUGACAUCUGUUUAUACAAUUUAUCACUACAUUGAUGUUACAGUUUUCCAUAUAAUUGUUCCGGGUUUUAAAACUAUGAUUUCUACAUACACUUUACAAUGAUACGAACUCUUACAAUAAUAUAACAGCAAUAAUACUGCAACCACCACUGCAAUUAGCAUGUAUUGGCAUGAAUUGUAUCCUAACUUCUACUGUAGAAAACAUCUAUAUGCCUAAUCCUAUUGCCAGACAAGAAAUUGCAAUUGGAUGAUUCUGCAAAAACCUGGAUUAUGUUCACUGAGAACAUUGUUGAAAGUUGAACUCCAUUAUAGUUAAGGAAAAGAAAAGAUCAUGCUUAUGGUAAAUUAAAUCUGGGUAAGUUUUGGUUAUAUGUGUCCUUAUUUCAACCUUUGCAUAAUGAAGAUAGAAUUUAUUAGAUCAUACUUUUAUUGAACUAUUAAAUAUUAGCUAUCGUAAAUCCGGCCAUGUGCAUGAGGAAAAUUAUUUUUCAAAUGUAGCCUAUAUAAUUCCUAUUAAGUCUGGUCUGGGCCUCCAUAGUAUAGCAACAAGACAGGCAGUAAAAUACACAUUGUAUAUAUUUGUACAUAAUAAUGUUGUAAAUAAUAUUGAUCACUUUGUUAUGAAAUGCUUGCUCCUGUUGCCUUUUUCAUUAACAUUUCUAACACAUUGCCAGCCAUACAAAGAGCAAUACAAGCAAUAAGCAGUAGAUGCUGAAAUAGAUUCUGCAUGCAAAACAUAUAUUUGUCACUCAAGCUUUUAUUUUUUAUAAUGGACAAACAAUCAUUCUAGUAUAUUCAUAUGUUUGUAAAUAUUGUGUAUGUAACAUAUUGUUUUAUUUUAGGCUGCAUUUCCCAGCUUUUGUUUAUAGAUUUAUAUAAAUGGAUCCUGGCUGGCCAGGAAUGUGCAUGGCAGAAUCACAAUUAAAAUACUUUGAGAUUCAA